AUGUAUGCAUGUAUGGACGGAGGGAGCAGCGGAGCAAACGGACAGGAUCCAGAAGAGCCGUCGACCCCGCGGGCCGCAGUUUCGGAAGUUACCUCGGCAGCGCAAUCGAACACCAGCCCCGGACGGAGUUCGAGUUCGGAAGAAGUUGACGAUAGUUUGGAAGAAGUCGAGGGGGACUCGUCGGGGAUCGAGGACGAGGAGCCGGGCAGAUCCGACGACGACAAACACGAGGAGGAGGAGGAGGAGGAGUACGACGACGCUAGCGAGCCCGAUGACGACGAGCUGGAGGAGGAGCUGCGGGAGGCGGGCGGGGACGCGACCGCAAUGCCGGCGCUGAUUACAGGCGGGAGCGAGCCAGACAUUAACGGCGAAAAGGUGGGCGAGCUGUUCGAGUUCGAGAGGAGGAAGAAGUCGGGGAAUGAUCCGGCGAAAGACAAGCGCGAGCCAACGGUGAAAAAGGAGCUCAACCAGCAGAAGGAAGUGUUGACCGCCGAGAAGCAGCUCCGUCAAUCGGACCUCGCUGGGACGCCCGUGGCUCUCGAAAAGAAUACGGAGGACAGGUUGCAGGAAAGGAAAAGCGACGUGGGCGGACUGCGUGGGCCGGAGCCGUCCCCGGGGACUGUCGCGUCGAGCGAAUCGAGUUUUGGGCAACAGCCACCGGAGGGGAGGAAGAGGAAGAGGCAGGACGACGAGCUCGAGGCUUACUUGAUCGACGCCUACGCGGCCUUAGCCGAGAGGCUAAAACUCCACCGGGGACUCGGGGACGAGGCGCUACGCUGGGCCCACGCGCUUGAGCUGUUGGACGGUGAUCCGAAGAUGUUGGAGCGGCUGAACCGCUUUUUCAGGCACCUUACGGAUUCUCGUCACUCGACGGAGGCCCAAAAGCGCCUGGCGAAGAGCAGCGGUACACUGGUCCUCGAGCCCACGACGGCAUCAGCGACGUCCCCGUCGGUCCAAACAUCGUCCAACAGAGCGACAAAGAAGCCAAGCAAGAAGAAGAAAAAAAAGAGGAAGAAGAAGAAGAAGCCGUGGCAGAACAAGCCGGUCAUAGCGGUGGAAGCGUCGAGUCCGUCGGCGGUUUUGGCGUUCGCGUCGACUACCGAGACGCCUCGGGUGACUACUUCGCGGUCGGCUGACAAGUGGCACGUCGUGGCUGACCGACUGUUUGGACAAUCCUGGCCAAGUGACGACCUCGAGGAUCACGAAUCGGGCCUUGCCAAGCUGCGUUACUCGGGGUCGUCGAAGCAGCGAAUGAUAGAUUCGAUGGGCCGCCCGAUGGCCGACAAGGAACGAGAAAAUCUCGAGGCUCUUAACGCAGAGAGACAGGCGCUUAUGCUCAAAGCCGCUAGAGAGUACUCGGAGCCUCGGGUCCUGCACUUUGGUAAAAUUAAUACCCACCGGCAGACGUCCGACGAGGAUCGCGAUGACGUAUUCGAUUCAAACGAGCGAGCUUACCAGAACGUCCAUUACGGCCAUCUGAUCUCGUCACCAUCGCGAGUUGGCCCAUCCCGGGGCCAAUCAGAACAGGAGAGGGCACGGCACUUUGGGCCUAACCAGGAAUAUGUGCCGUCCGGUCUUGAGUUCGACGAGACCAAAUCAUGGCCAGAAGAUGGUCCGAAGUUCGGUUAUGGCAGUCCCUGGGCAAGGGUGGACGAGGGAAAUGUGCGACCGAGGCCUGCGUGGGAUUGGCGGCGAUUGGCUGGGUUGCCGAUUGCGGCGUCGAAAACCUGGUUACCUUUGAACGUCGAAAGAGACUAUUUCGAUCAGGCGGAGGAAGAGGACAUGGCCAGGGGCUGGCGACAGCUGCAAAACUGGAAUGUACAACAUUUACGGGAUAACCCACCUCCGUGGUUGGAGGAAAAAGAAGUUCGAGGAUUGCAACCAAAACCAUAUUAUUGGCCGAAGCCAGAGAGCUCCCGGGAGUAUGGAGAGGAAAGUUUGAUGAAGGUGGAGAACCAUCGCAACAACGAUUCCCUGUUGAAGAGCAAGGAGGACGAUCCGAAAGAACCACCAAAGCUGACCAUGAAGACGUGGAACAGUUUGACCUCGGAUCCGGCCACGUGGCCGUUCAAGCUACCUGGAGCCAAGCCUUGGCCAAAGGACGAAAACGGAAAGUCUUACAAUCCAAACGCGGAUUUGGCACGAAAGUUGGGUCUGUAUAACAACGGAAGACCGAGACCGGACAAGGACCCAACGAAGACUUCGAAACAGCAAAAGCUUCGGAAGCUGGACAAACAGGACAAAACCAUUGGGACCGAGGAUUCCGGGCGACUAGCGUGGAAUGAAGGACAUCCAUCCUGGUACAAUAGCAUGAAGCUUCGGGAGAAUUUCGACGAAGUUGGAUCAUCCACUGGUGACGGCAGUCCUAAUUGGAACAUCGAGGAGCGUCCGACGUCGCCUACCAAUGAAAAGACAUGGCCAAGGGAAAAACCAACCAAUGAGUGGAAGGGUGGGACGUCGAGUAACGUUUGGCCAGCCAAAUACAAGCAGUUUGUCUAUCACAAGGUGACGGGCCAGCCAAGCUCCAAGUCGGGGCUGAUCCUUGACAAGCCUAACAAAAAUGCCUUCAUCGCGGUGUCGGACGUGUCGCGGCCACGGUACAACUGGAGAAAAAAUGACGUCGAGGAGGUUGGACUAUCGGAUUCCGUCGCAGACAAUUCAGAUCCAUUCGCUGGUCAGUUGAAGAUGAACGUGUGGAAGAAGAGCAGCGGUGUCAAUGAAACGGGCGGUAAAGGUGCAGAUGCGCUGGAAAAUCAGUUGGAGAACCUCAAGGAAACUGCAGGACCCGUUUUACUCGAAGUGAAUGUCAGCAUUAAAAAUUCAUCAUCUCACAAGAUUUCAACAUCAUCAACACCAAUUCCUGCAGUAAACGUAGGAAAGUCAAUGCUUCUCGCUCGUCAAGAUAAAAAUGUUACAGCAAAUAAAGAUAAUGUUAAAUAAAUUAAUGAAAAAAAAAUAGCUUAAGAUAUAUAUAUUUGGAGAAAAAAUUGAUGGAAUAAAUUUUAAAUGUUAAUCACUUACAAAUCGGACAUAACUGUCUGGAAAUUACUGAUGAACAUUUAUGAAGUAAAAUAUUUUCGAAGUAUGCAAAUGAUCAUUGGGUUCUUUCUAAUUACGAUUCCAUUUUUCAAAUUCCACUUUUCCACAAACGCACACAAAAUCUAACUACCGCACUAUAGGUAUACAAAUUUUGUACAAACAGGAAAAAAACGA